AUGCUUUCGCAAGGGGGGAAAGAGUUCAUGGUCCGCAUACGGUUCUUCUGGCGACCGCUUUUCCAGGGUAGGAACCUGCUGCUGACAAACACACUGAGUGCAGGCGGCAUGUUGGGGCUGGGGGACAUCCUGCAGCAGAGCUGGGAGAACCGCAAGAAACCAGAAAAAGUCCAUAACUGGAAAAGAACAGGUGAGAAGGAAAAGGAAGUAAAGACCAAGAAAUUGAUUUUAAUAAGGUUUGCAGUUGAACUUUUGUUUAACUAGGAGGAUCUCUCUGAGAUUUAAGAAUCAGUUUAAAAAAUGUCCUGGCCAAGAUAAACGGCGAGAAAGUUAACAAGGUUUCUGAUAAACAAAGAGCAGAAAAUUAUGCAAACAUAACAAAAGAGGUGAUUAUAAAACAUUAAAAAAACAAAAUACACAAGAAAAGCAAGUCAAGCAUGGAUGUAUCAAGAACAACGUCUACAGGUGUGUUUUCCUUCAAGACAUUCAAAAGCACCUAAAUAGCACCUAAUGAGACCAGAAGUUUCAGGUUGAUUUGUAAGUUAAUGGAGUCGCUUUAUUCUUCUUUAUGAUACAGAGUAGGAGGUUCAACGGAAGCAGACUUAAAAUAGACUUGUCAAUAAGAAUAUGCUCUUGUUUGUGUAUGUGCAGACAAGGAGGUCCAACCAACACAUUCAUGAAGCAAACAGUGACGAAUAGGGGCUUUAUGAACCUAAGUGAUUCAUUAUACAGUGUCCAGAGCAUUAUAGCUCUGAGAAGGGGUGUGCAUGUGUAGAUAUUGCUGUUGACCAGCUCAGACAUAAAAGUGGCAGCUACCAAUCUCCUGAUGGAGAGGCAUGAUUUGAUUUAGAAACAAAAAAGUUUCAAUUUAGUUCUCAUCAGCUGCUUAAUAUGAGCUGUAAAAGAGAGAUUCAUCAGUAGAAUAUGAAGAUAUUUACAGCGACACAAGCUCAUCAUAUAAACCUUGAGAGGUUAAGAUUAAGGCUGAAAAAAUAAGUUAUACAGCUUUCUGACAAUGAAGUCCUUAAAUAAGCUCCACAUGGCUGUUGAUAAUAUCUGACAUGGUUGAUGUCAGGUUGUGUAUAGAUGCUUUCUGUGCCUGCAAAAUGAUAUCCUUUUAGGAUUUUUGGGCCCUUAUUUAUCAGAAUUCGAACCAAGCAUGUGAUUACCGUAUUUUUCACACUAUAAGCCUCACUUCAAAUCCUUUUGGCUUGCCGGAGCACUGCAGCUGUCGUAGCCUCACAGAGUUGUUGAAUGAGUCAAAUAAAGUUUGAUUAUCUGACUGUUUUGGUUGGCUUAAUGCGCUUUUUAACACGGUGCGUCUUAUGUAUGAAAAUAGACGCAUUCAUUGAUGGUGCGCCUUAUGGUGCAAAAAAUACAGUAGCUGCCAUUAAUUUUUUGGUCAAAAGCUUUACUCUAAACAUCAUGAUGAAACAUUUAUUCAGUCCUUUCUAUUUUACUAACAUUUAAGAAACAUUAAGGAGUUGGGAAUCAAAGAUGAACAAAUUUUAAAUCAUUAAUCUGGUCAGUUUAAGGCAAAAAAAAAUAGAAGAAAAUUGUCUUAAAACCAGAAUAAUAAUAUUAAAGUUUUGGAUAUGAUGUGUGCAUGUGCUGAAUUCUAAACAACAGGCUCAUUAUUGUUGAAUCUUUUUUCCUCCAAAGGUCACAUGUUUCUGGUGGGAUGCUCCCUGGGUCCACUGAUGCACUACUGGUAUGGCUGGUUGGACAGAGUUUAUGCGGGCCACGCUCUGAAAACUGUCGGCAAGAAGGUUCUGGUGGACCAGCUGGUCGCGUCUCCGACAAUGGCCUUGUGGUAUUUUGUAGGUGAGAAAAAAAUCAGAAUUCAAUGGCUGUGAGAGGUCUGAUUUCUCAUUUCGCAAUAAAACAUAUACACCUAACAAUGUCUCAUAUAUGAGGGAAAGUGGAAAGAGUAAAAGAUUGUACUAAAAGACCAUUGGGCUGAGACUAAAGGUGACAUAUACACGACCAAUCAGAGGUGGAAAGAUGUAAAAAGUCAUCUGGAAAGAGAUAAACCUGAUAUCUGAUUUCUUGACACUCAGAUGUUUUCAAGAAGUUUGACUUUCCUCCAUCUUCUGAAUCUUAUAUAAAGAUGAAUCCAUGUAAUGUGGCGCUGAUGUUCUCCUUACUGACAACUCUUUUCAUGGCAGGUAUGGAUGUCAUGGAGGGACACACUUUACCCGAGGCAUGGGAGGAGUUUAAAGACAAAUUCUGGGAACUUUAUAAGGCAAGUACAGCUGUUAGAGUCUGACCUGGAGGAAGAUGAACAUCUAAUCACCUUGUGACUCUUUAAGUCAAAAAGUCUUUAAUUUUUUGGCUCAGAGGGAAAGAAAUUCUUUGAUAAAGUUGAAGAUUUUGCUGUUGCUGAUAAUAUUUUUAAAACACAAGGAAUCAUUCAGCUUUUGGAUGCUAAAAUUAGUCGAGACUUUAUUUUAUUUCUGCCAAGGAAAUUCAAAUUUUGGACGGUAUUUCUGCAGUUAUUUUAAGCCCAAAGUGAUUCAAUGGCGUUGCUUUCUGAAACAAGGAAACACUUGUAGAUAAGUUACUGGGAAAAGUGCAUCUCAUUCAGGAGAACAAAACAGAAACACAGAUGGACAGUGUAUCCUUUCACAGGCUCUAACUCAACACUUUAGAUUUACCUUGUUACUGCAUCUUCAGCUUGACUUUCUUUUUUAUCUGCUGAUUUGAAUCCAUAAAUAUUUUAAAGAAAUAAAAUUGAUGCAGACAUGUUUCUUCACCCUAGAAUCAUCAGGCAACACUAAAAACUCAACUUAAUGUGUCUUAAACGACGAUUCCUCUGACUUCUAUCCUCCUGGAGAUGUUUGUUCUGAGUAAUCGACCCAGGUUUGUUUAUGCUAACUCACGUUGUUCUUUUUAACAGGCUGACUGGUGUAUUUGGCCUGCUGCACAGAUGAUCAACUUCUACUUCCUGUCUCCCAAAUUCCGGGUUUUGUACAUGAAUUUUAUCACCUUAGGGUGGGACACUUACCUGUCUUACCUCAAACACAGAGUAAGUCCGAUGAAAUGAUUAAGGGAUAGUCUCUGUUUUAUCGAAGACUGUGUUUUUUAAAGACCGAAGCCAAACGUUUUAAACUUUAAAACUUAUACUCCACAGAAAUGUAGUGCUGAAACUGAGUAUAAUAGGAUCCUUUUGAGCGUUUUUCUACUACAGUUUAGAUCUAACCUCUCCACCAGAUCUCUGCUUAUGUUGUUUUUUUCUUGCCAAAGUUUUCUACAUAAUUUGAAAAUAAAAUGGCAAACUGAUGAAUGUUUUUGGGGUCUGUUGUGUUCACAGGUGGACCACCCCCUCACUGAGGCAGUAUCGGACAGCAGUGAUGUGGAUGUACAGCAGGAAGCACUCCCAGCUCCUAAACAACUGGAGGAGAAAGCGUAGAAAUCCAAUUCACUGUCAUAGGUUCAGCUCAAAUGAAGAUUUUGCUGCAAUCUACUUAAUUUGCUUUUAGUUUUUUUUAUUUAUUACAUUUCUGCAAUUUUAGAAAAGACAGCUGAAGAGAACCACAGAAAGUGUGGAAUAAAGAGCGAGGGAUGACAUGCAGCCAUAAAGCAGCAGCUACUGCUACAAGGACAGUAUCCUCAGUUUAUGGGGCGUGCGCUUAAAUUGCCAAAUUAAUGUUUUCAGCUUUGAAAGUGUGUGUGUGUGUGUGUGACUGUGUCUGAGCUCAGAGGAUUUGUGGAUGUUGAAGUCAAAGUGCUGGACCACUUUUCCCUUAAUGGCUGCAUCUUAAGUGUGUGUCAGUGGAAGGUGUUUGUGUUAUUUAUGUCUGAUUGUUGUGCAAUCCCUUUAGGAGCAAUCAGGGAUUAAAAGCUACUUCACUGCCAGCCAUGGUAAAGCAUCUGAUGGGAGUGAAAUCCUUUUUUUAAAUCAACAUCAGCUCGUGUUACUAACUGUCAGUCAACCACUUGAUGAAUAUUUAAUUUGAAAAAACUGAACAUACUUUAUUUUUUAUGUUGUUGCGCUGUAAAAACCUGAUAGAGUAGCAUUCCUCGCACUUCAGUGUAAUUUUUUUCCUGUUUUGACGAUUAGUAAAAAUUGUUGAUGUGAAUUACAUGAUAUGUAUCAUCCAGUAUAAACUUUGCCUUAAUAAGUAGAGCAGUAAUAGACUGCUUUCAUGCCAAAAGUACCCUGUCAGUUCAUUUCUCUGCUGAAUAACUGCAUGAUUGUCCUUUCUAUUAAAAGAUCCUCUAUAUUUUUAUCAUAUCAGACUGAACGCUCAGCUGUACCUGGUUUGUAAUAUACUUAAGAUGUUUGUUAUUUUAAAAGGUGCUGCACUUAAACUCUAGAGACGGUUAAUUUGACUUUUACUGUGUAUAUUUAACAACUAAGAUGUCAAUGAAGUACUGUGAGCUCUGACAGGUUAGAUUAUUUGUGUGGUUAUUAAUAAAAUCUGUCAACAGAGAAGAAAUCAGCAGAGUUUAAUGAAUACAGAGUAUGUUUUAAAGUUUCAUUAACAUCAACCGUUGUGGUGCGACUGUGUCGUAAAGAUUGAUUAGGAACAUUUUCAUUGAUUACUGCUGAGAAAAGAGAAACAUAAGCCAUGAAGGUGUUUGAUAAAGUUUAAACACUUAUGAUUUUGUUAUUAUUUUUAUGGAAGUUUUUUAAAAUUUCAUGACAAACAGUGAAAUGAUAAAUUGUCAGAUUAAAUUUAUGAAACAUGAUUAAAUAUAAAGACUUUGUUUCCAAACUAUUUGAGGACUUUUGUGUAUUUGAUUAAUCCACAAGAAAGUGUUUUGUGCUAAAAAAUCUCCUCCUGCCUCCUUUCAAACUUUCAAACAUAUCACUCACUGUGAUUAUUAGCAGUGAAAAUCAUAAAAAGGGUUUUUUUAAUGAAGUGUCGUUAAUGGCAUUGUGGGACACCCAUCUCCUGGGUAUCUUUUAUAGGAAUCAGGGAUAACUAUAAAGCAAUUAUCAGUUUGCUUUUCUAAACUCAUAUGUUUCAUUAUCAGCCAAAACUCCUUACAAGAGCUCUAAGAGAACGAAAUCUCAACAAGGCUUAAACAUGCUGCUUAUUUUUUGAAUUCCUGUGGCAGGACUCACCAUGUAGCAGCAUUGGUACUGGUACAAAUGUAUUGAUACAUGAUGAAGAGCAGAUAUCAUUCAGGUCGACUGUAAAGUCAGUUGGUCAAAUAUUUGGCUGUAAUAUUGAUUUUGUUGUAUUAAAAUGCAAGUGAUGAGUGACAUAACUGGUGUCUUGACUGGGACUUGUGAUAGACCUAAAGAAAUGUGGUGUUGGCUGUAGACAAAUUUGGAUUUACAGUCAGAGACAAACUGGAGUUCAGAAGGUAAAUAAACUCACGUGAAGGUUUCUGGUCCUCACUGCAGCUGAAGGCGGUCGUUCGAACACGUGUACGGUCCUGUAGUGAUCACAUGGAGAAGCAGAAGGGAUAGCUUAUGAUUCUGAAGCCGUGUUCACAGUACCCUGGAGGUUUUCCUUGCUGUGGAUAUGAUAGUUUUGAACCAGCAGAUGAAUGAACAAGUCUUUUGAUCAAGUUUUUGAAUGAGCGUUUCCCGUCCUGCACUAAAAGAGUUAAACUGUCCUGGGAAACAGUGAUGCACUAAGCACAUCUUUAUGGUCACUAUUAUGUUUGCUUUAUGAUGUACUUUGUCAUUCAGUGAUACUGGUCAGAUACUUGUACAGGUGUUCAACUUCACCUGGUUUCCCAUGACAAUAAACUUCAAGCACAUCCUAAACUGUCGAAAGAUUAACCUCCAACUAAACAAUCCAUCAACUCAAUAAAAGGAAGGUUUGAUCUCUGAUAUAACUACAUAUUAAAUGUGUUUUCAGUGAUCCUUCUGCAGUCGUUUGUAUGAAGGUUGAUGAGUGAGAGCAAAGGGACACAGGCCUGAGGGGAACCCAUGGAUGUGUGCAGGAGGGCUGAGAGCUUUUGAAUGUGUUUGAUGAGCUGAAGAUGAGUCUUUUUGUUUGUCUCAACUUGUUGUGUAUGUUUAUUUUGAAACCACUUUGUUUAAGGUGUGGCUACAAUGUCUUUCACUCUCAUUGGGUAACUAAAAGACUUUCUUAUAGACUUUGUAAAUUGGUUCUGUUCAGUAAAAUUUCAGUAAAUAACCCUGAAGCUUCUUCACAGGUGCCAUAAAGAGGUUCAUCUUGCUGCAGAGCUGAUUCUUUUCUCUCUUCGAUGAUAGUUGUCUCCCUGAGCUCCAGACAACAUGCUUCCCCAGCUGGGUAGAGAGUUUAUGGUGCGGAUACGCUUCACCUGGCGAACGAUGUUCGACAGCAAGUACCUGCUGCUCACCAACACCGUGAGUGGAGGAGGCCUGCUGGCGCUGGGGGACUGUGUGCAGCAGAACUGGGAGAAGCACAAAGAGCCAAGCAGAGUUUACGACUGGAUGAGGACAGGUGAGGGAAGGAGGAAGGUGGUGCCAGGGACUGAAUGUGUGUAGAAACAGCUGUGCAGUAUUUCUCUCACAUUAAGACUCCAUAGCUGCUUCAGAACCUCAUAUUCUGCAGAAACUUAACAAACAGGGUUACUCCUACAGCACUUUUGAUGACGAUGAUGAAGGACCCUAUAGUGGUAGAGAACAAUAGAGGAUGUCUGCAGGAGCUGUCUUUGUACUUCUGCAAAACUUAUCUGGUUUCACACUCAGCAGAAUUUAACAUCGUGUGGCUUGUUGGACAGAAAUUGCGCAAUAAACAACAUAUUGAGCAAUGCAUACAAGCAAGGUGGAUCAUGACACAGUGUGACCGCCUCUUUUAUCAUCUUUGCAGACACGCAGUAUGUUAUAUAAUCGCUUAAAUGUACAUGUGACACAUUGAUCUCAAAUAAUGCACAAUUUCUUGACAGUUUUUAAAAGAGAAGAGUCAUAAAUCAAUACUCUUUUUGUUGUUUCUGAAUGGGAUUUAUCAUCAGUGAUCAGAUAAUUUGUGUUGUUUAUGUAAGAUCAAACUUAUCUUGUCAUUACUUAAACAGUUUAGUAGUUUCUCUCUAAAUGAAAUAUUGGUAUUUCAUAUCGUUAAAUUACCCGAGCUUUGGCUGACCUCUAUGAUUAAAAAACAAACUCCUUCGAUACAACCCUCUGACCUGAUGAAUUUUCAAAAGGAAAGCCAAACCUCUGCUCCCCCGUCCUCCUACUUUCUAACCCAUACUUAAUGAAACCAGGUCUUUUUCAAUAUUUGCACUGAACUUUUAAUGAAAGACACAUUUCCAUUCCUCUCUUAUGUUUCCUUAAUUAUUUCCCCCUUCAGGUCGCAUGUUUGUGUCCGGCUGCUCCAUGGGUCCUCCCAUGCACUACUGGUACAGCUGGAUAGACAGAAGAUUUGUUGGAACGACUGUGGGCAUAGUCGGCAAGAAGGUUCUGGUGGAUCAGGUGUUCGCUGCACCCGUGAUGGCGUUGAUGUAUUUCGUAGGUGAGAUAAAAAUUGAGUUUACUGACAGCAGGACGCCUGUGCAAGUAUACACACUUUGAGAUCUGUAAGGGAGUGAGUUCAAACAGUUUCUGUGACGCACACAAUCAUAAGGCAGUCUGAUGAGUCAUAGGUCAGACUGAAAGAUGUCAUACCAAAAUGGGUUAAUACAACAGCUGCUUUCUUUAAAAGCAGGGGUGGGUCGAGUUCAAAGGUCAUCCAGAGAGAUAAGCUUGAAUGACGUCUGACUUCUCUUGAAACUCCAACCUCUGAGCUUAUCUGGAGUGGUUCUAGAGAAUUGUAGCGCUGACGCACGAUGACCGACAACUCUGUUCAUUGCAGGUAUGGAUCUCAUGGAGGGACAGGGUUUCUCCAAAGGAUGGGAGGACUUUAAAGACAAGUUCUGGGAGUUUUACAAGGUAAGAGCACCUCACAAGAGCUGACGUGAAGAUGAGUAACAGCAGAUAAGCUGGUUAACCAAUCAGGUCUAUGACGUACAAGUCAAUGGAACUGUCCCCCAAAUGGUGAUAUACUGAGAAGUUUUAUCUUUUUCUAUCUCAGUUUGACAUUAUAUUAAGCAAAGAAUAUUGUCAAUUAUUUGGCAUAGCUGUAGAUUGUGUUAUUUCAGCUAAGUUUUCCCCUUGAAUAGCGAACACAGAGUAUUUUGAUCAGGCUGACAUAUUGUGUGCACCAUGGGCAGUGUAUGCAAUAAAAAGCAGUGUGAUCCAAACCCGUACUUUGAAGACAAAUCCCAUUUUGUCCCUCAGAUUAUUUAAUUUAACUUCUUGAAAUUAGAGAAAGUCUGUUUCUAUUACCAAGAACCAUUUGUGAUGACAGUAGUUGUCUCUCUUUGUUGGCAUUGGGUCGUGACAAGUAGCAUGAAAAGUCACUCAUUCAACCCCACUUCAAAAGUAAAUAUUAAAAAACUAAUGAGGACAAACUAUCCCAGUAUAAACCCUCACUUUAAGCCAAGUUCUUGACUUGCUUAAAGGGUAAUGAACAACUUGCCUGCAAUCCUCUUUUUUUCAGCAAAUAUACCCUCAAAUUUUAGGUUCUGACUCACAUCCUUAGUGUUUCACACGGUUACAAAAUUUCCCAAGAAGUGCCAAAAGGUAUGGUCUGAUGCCGUCAGCAAAACCACAUCGCCUGCAAAGAAGGUGGCAUACAAUCCUGUGGUUUUCAACUGAAAAUCCGUCUCACCUCUUAUUCCUCUCUGACUUCACAUCCUGUCCAUUAUCAUCCCAAAAACAACCACAAAGGAGGCCAACAUCUAUCAAGAACAUAUUUCACCUCUUCGUUUUGGUUACAGAGAGAUCAUAUCUAAAAUUUCCACCUGUUUUUGAGGCUCAAUUAGCCAGAACCUCAGCAAACAACAUAUAUAAACAUUUCUGGGUAAUCUGAAUACUUUCCUGUACGUCUUUGUAACCUAAAAAGAAAGUUAAAAUAGCCCAUCAACACCUUAAACCUUGAGCUUCCUAUCCUGACUAACUGACUAGUCAUAAGUCAAGAAUAAAACUCGGAGAACAGUAGAAGUUCAACAUAUUUAUCACAGUGAGAUGCAGUCUGUGGAUUAAAUCAAAUUGAUCCUCCAAAUUCGGCUAACAUUAGCAGAGCUAGCACCACCAGCCCUCAGUGUUCCUGACAGGUUAACAUCCACAUACCUGUGCUGCUGUUACACAUUGCUCCAGUUAAUUAGUUGUCUAUUUAACCACACAUAGCCUGCACUCAGCUUUAUCUCAACAGACAGACGUUGCCAUGCUAUGAAUUUUCUCUCAUCUUCGCUUGUAUUCAUGCAGGUGGUACAGCAUCAAACCAUUAUAGCAGCAGCCAUUGAGCAGAACUACGGUUAAUGCUCGGCUAAGAUACACACGGCAGCAACAAAUGAUGAGUAAUUCCAGUGCCAGCUACCAAGGGUGGCACUGCUAAAUGUGCACACCCUAACCUUUUCUUGAACGCAGUAUUUGUUAUGCCUGAGAAAUCCAUUACCUCACCUCCCAUCCCUUGAGAGUGUUUGUACUGGGUAAUCUACCCACGUUUGCUUAUGCUAAUCAGUUUUAUUUGUCUACAGGCAGACUGGUGUGUUUGGCCUGCCUCUCAGAUGAUCAGCUUCUACUUCCUGUCCCCCAAAUUCCGCGUCAUGUAUGUCAACCUCAUCAGCCUAGGAUGGGACACUUACAUGUCCUACAUCAAACACAGAGUGAGCACCAGUUUUAAGUUUCUCUCAAGUGUCUGAUAAAGUUUCGUAUGAGCUUGGUGUCUUAUAGAAAAGUGAAGUGAAAUUAAUCUCAAUUUCUGUCGUGUUUCCAGGAUGACAGCCACCACAUUACUGAAAUAUCAGACAGCAGUGAUGUAGACCCGCAGCAGGAUCCAUCUAAACCUCUGGAGGAGAAAGCUUCAGAGCUCCAGUGUCAGUCGUGUUAA